AUGACUUCUAAUUUCGGUUUCUUGGGGUGUCUACAGUAUCUCCCAGAACGACAUCGUUUGAAUUCGUCAGAGUUCAACGAGACCUCCGGCGAAGAAGAGCUGCCAAUUCCGGCGUUCGUGAACCGUGUUCCGGCCAAGGUUCUGCCGCCUGGCGUGUUCGACAAACUCUCUUACGCAACUCUUGUCAAAAUUGGCGAGCGGUUAAAAGACGCCAAGGGCAUAUUAGUCAAUUCCUUCCCAGAGGUCGAGCCUUAUGCUGCUGAGCAUUUUUCGCGAGGACGAGAUUACCCUCACGUGUAUCCUGUUGGGCCGGUUCUCAACUUAACGGGCCGUACUAAUCCGGGUCUAGCUUCGGCUCAAUACGAAAAUAUGAUGAAGUGGCUGGACGAGCAACCGGACUCGUCGGUUUUGUUCCUGUGUUUCGGGAGCAUGGGAGUCUUCAGUGAACCUCAGAUCAAACAGAUAGCUCACGCGCUCGAGCUCGUCGGUUUCAGGUUCAUCUGGGCGAUCCGUACGAACAUAGCCGGAGACGGCGAUCCUCAUGAGCCGCUUCCGGAAGGAUUCGUCGAGCGAACAAAGGGCCGUGGAAUUGUAUGCAGUUGGGCCCCUCAAGUGGAUAUCUUGGCUCACAAGGCAACAGGUGGGUUCGUGUCUCAUUGCGGGUGGAAUUCUAUACAGGAGAGUCUAUGGUACGGCGUACCAAUCGCCACGUGGCCGAUGUAUGCGGAGCAACAGCUGAACGCAUUUAAUAUGGUGAAGGAGCUGGGCUUAGCCGUGGAGAUAAGGCUUGAUUACGUUGCAGACGGUGAUAGGGUCACGCUGGAGAUCGUGUCAGCCGAUGAAAUUGCUACUGCCGUUCGAUCUUUGAUGGAUGGUGAUAACCUUGUCAGGAAGAAGGUUCAGGAGAUUUCGGCAGUGGCGAGGAAAGCUGUUGGUGAUGGUGGCUCUUCUGUCGUGGCCACAGGAGAUUUUAUCAGUGAUGUUCUUGGGGAUCACUUUUAG